CAGCGCUCAGCGCCCCCCCCGCCCCGGACCCAGCGGGGAGGCGGCCGGAGCAAGAUGGCGGCGCGAGUGCUGCUGCGGCGGAGCCUGGCGGGAGCCAGCGCCGUGCCGCGCCUCCCGCCCGGCGGCGGCCUGACCCUCAGGGGGCUGGUAUCUUCAGCUAGCAGACCUCGUGAAGACAGUUGGUUAAAAUCGCUAUUUGUUCGCAAAGUCGAUCCAAGGAAAGAUGCUCACUCCAACCUCCUAGCCAAAAGAGAGACCAGCAGUCUGUAUAAACUACAGAUUCACAAUGUAAAACCAGAGUGUCUAGAUGCCUACAACAAGCUUUGUCAAGAGGUGCUGCCAAAGAUUCAUGAAGAAAAACUCUACCCAUGUGCACUGGUGGGGACUUGGAACACGUGGUACGGAGAGCAAGAUCAGGCUGUUCAUCUGUGGAGAUACGAGGGAGGUUAUCCAGCUCUCAAUGAGGUCAUGAGUAAACUCCGUCAAAAUAAGGAAUUCACAGAGUUUCGCAAAGAAAGAGGUAACAUGCUUCUCUCGCGCAAGAACCAGUUAUUGUUGGAGUUUAGUUUCUGGAAUGAACCUGUUCCCAGAGAGGGGCCUAAUAUUUAUGAACUGAGAUCCUACCAACUUAGACCCGGAACAAUGAUUGAGUGGGGAAAUUACUGGGCUCGUGCAAUUCGUUUCCGACAAGAUAAUAAUGAAGCAGUUGGAGGAUUUUUCUCACAAAUUGGACAGCUGUAUAUGGUCCAUCACCUUUGGGCUUACAAAGAUCUCCAAACCAGAGAAGAUAUAAGGAAUGCUGCAUGGCAUAAACCUGGCUGGGAUGAACUAGUCUAUUACACAGUGCCCCUUAUUCAGGAAAUGGAGUCCAGAAUCAUGAUACCAUUGAAGAUUUCUCCACUUCAGUAAAGUCACUGAUUUACUUGUGCCUACAUAGAUAAAGUGACAAGUAUUUGUCUUAAUUUAUGGUAUACAUUGUAUAUCAUAGUCUGAAAUAUAAAAGUACUGUAUUGAGCUUAUAAAAGAGACCUCUUUUCUUCAGAAUCUAAUGACCUUUUGCUUUUAGGAUUGAACCAGGAAAAAAAGAAAUACAGGACUGUAAUUAAAAGGUUGAUUAAUUGAAAACAAGUACAAAGACAUAUAAGAGUUCCUCUGUGAGACAGCUCCUCAAGUUCAGUAUGGCAUACAGUAUUUAAUAUCUUCUGCUAUAUAGACAAUGCCCAGUGUUCAGUAUCAGCAACAGAAUGGAGCAUUACGGUUGCUGUGGCGUUUGUGUAGCAUUAUAAUGACUGCAGAUUUUAAAAAAAUAAAUGUGGGAGUUCUGAAAUUAGAAGCUCUGAAGCCCUCAGGCAGCUCUGAAACACACCUAGCUGUUCUAGCAAGCCUGAAAUCAGGAAGUAGCUCUAAAUUUACAGAUAGGCAGUCAUUAAUUGAGAGUAAUCCUGUUUGUCAGGUGAUAGCUCAUGGACAGAGAAUAGGGCAUUCUGUUGUGCACAGACUCUGAAGCUUGUUGAAACUAAUAGCACAUCUGUGUGGGUAUCUACACCUGAAAUUAAUUUUGUGGAAUAUGACCUAUGGUUUUCAAAAUGAUACUGACAAGAUGUGGUUGUUUGAACAUUCUGCAGGGAAUCAAGUUCAGUUAAAUACUUUUAUCUCUACAAAUAACUUGGAAGUCUAGGAAAAGGGGUUUAAUUUAAUAAGCAGUCAUGACUUCAGACAUAUGCUUGGUCAGGUGUUUCACUAACUGUACAGUAGGUACUUAACAAAUUGAUGUGUGAAACUGGCGCAUGUUAAGGCAAUAGGAUUGGGAUAAAGCAGUGUACCAUUAUGUCCAGUUCUAUUUUAGUUUCACUUUUAGACUAGAAUAUAUCAACACUUUUGGUGUCUGCAAUGAUGUGAACAUCUUGUAAGUGAAAAUAAUACUCUCUCUUUAAAGUGGCUACAAAAAUCGGUGUAACAUACAGAAUGUACAAAUCAGUUACUGAAUGUCCAGUUUGUACAUUUCAGUGAGUUUUCAAGAAGAAGAUAUCAGUCAAUAAAAUCCUUUUAAUUUUCACA